ACUGUGGCUUCCCCCAACAUCCCAAAACCAUGCAUGUUAGAUUAAUUGGAAACCAUAGGUGUGAAUGUGUGUAUUUGUGUCCUGUGAUUGACAGGUGACCGGUCCAGGGUAUCCCCCACAUUAUCAUUGAAUUCAGCUUGAAUAGGCUCCAGCUCACCGGUGACAUGCUGUAUAGAAAAUGUAUGACCGGAUGGAUCGAUGUCUGUGUCACUCUUUGAUGAUCAUCAUUUUUCUACGUUCAUACGUCCACAGCUCAACAUGAAUGCAGAUUUAACAAAAUACACACGCUCAUUGUACAUCAAUAUCCAGCAGCUGAAAGAAGACCUGCAUGUGUCAGCACCAUGGACAGAGAUAAAAGCCACAUGAUGGUAGAGGAUGCCAAGGGAUGCCCACUAUGACCUUCAAGUGACAAGCAUCCAGCCUGCUUGUAGAAUCGCUUCAUUAACCCUUCACGUCCUCUCGCUCCUUCUCCCGUGCUCUCGCGAUGACAUACGCAGCAGCUGGGUUGGUCCUAUUCUGUCACGUGACUCGUGCAAAAGGGCGGGUCGAGGCGACAAAUGGACAUAAUAAUUUAAUAAGGAACGAAGAGUCGGCGUGUGAAGCGUGCUUCGCCGGGGCUGGUCUCUGGGGUGGGGGGUCACCGCACACAGGAAGCGUCUUGGGGAGGAGGAGGAGGAGGAGGAAGAGCGCAUUUCUUGGAUGUGGAGCGCUGCCAGUCAGGACCUGAUGUUCCUCUGUUCAAACAAGGACUGUCAGAGAGGCUGCGAGGAUUAAGCGGGGGGUGGGGGGGCUGGAAGACUGCGAGGUGGGGGGAGGCUUCAAGAGCAUCAUCCGAAAAAUAACACGGAAGCUUGAUCGUGAAGGUGAUUUUCUACUUUGACUAAUUGUGUUCGGCUUCGAGGACAGCAGUUGGGAUUACCGACGCUGCUCUUCAUUUUGGCGUGGAGGUGGGGGGGUAGGACCACAUUGGACGCUCCAUCGGCGUGGGUGGACUCCACUUAGAGGAGAAGAUGUCGGGUCAGACGCUAACGGACCGCAUCGCCGCGGCCCAGUACACCCUGACUGGAUCUGAGGUGUCCCGAGCUGUGUGUAAAUCCACCACGCAUGAACAAACGGCCCCAAAGAAAAAACACCUGGAAUACCUGAUCCAGGCCUCCCAGGACACCAGUGGGAACGUUCCCCAGAUGGCCGAUACACUGAUAGAGAGGGCGGGCAAUGCCAGCUGGGUGGUGGUUUUCAAGGCCCUUAUUACUACACACCACCUCAUGGUGCAUGGCAACGAGAAAUUUCUGCAGUUCCUUUCAUCCAGGAACACCUUGUUCAACCUUGCCAACUUCCUGGACAAAACAGGCUCCCAUGGCUAUGACAUGUCAACUUUUAUCAGACGCUACAGCCGCUAUCUCAACGAGAAGUCCUUCACUUACAGACAGAUGUCUUUUGAUUUUGUCAGAGUCAAGAAAGGAGCUGAAGGAGCCAUGAGGACCAUGACAGUAGAGAAGCUGCUGAAAGGGAUGCCUAUUCUGCAGGGCCAGAUUGAUGCACUGUUGGAUUUUGAAGUGCACCCACCAGAAUUGAACAAUGGAGUGAUAAAUGCUUGCUUUCUCCUGCUCUUCAAAGACUUGAUAAAGUUAUACGCCUGCUACAAUGACGGCAUCAUAAAUCUCCUAGAGAAAUUUUUCCAGAUGAAGAGAAGCCAGUGUAAAGACGGGCUGGAGAUCUACAAGCGAUUUCUGACACGAAUGACUCGGGUUUCUGACUUCUUCAAAAUCGCAGAGCAAGUGGGAAUAGACAAAAAUGACAUCCCGGAUCUCACUCAGGCCCCAGAAAGUCUUUUGGAGUCCUUGGAGACCCAUCUCAACACUCUGGAGGGAAGGAAGCCGUCUCCUGCCAAGGACACAGCAGCCAACAACAGCUCAGCUGCUGCCGCCCCAUCGGCUGCACCACCCAAGCCUGCACCGCCCGCUGCUGCCGGGCCCCCUGCUCGCCCCGGGCCGCCCGCCAAACCCCCGCCACCCUCUGUAACACCCACAGCAGUAGCCCCCACCACAACCGCCAGCAGUGCCCUUGAUGAUGGCUUCCUGUUGGAUCUAGACCCCAUGUCCUCCUCAGCUCAGGGUGCUGCAGCGCCUUCCACUACCACUGGAUGGGGAGAUCUAUUGGCCGAUGCCGCUCCAACUGCCAAUGCCAGAGCUUCCGAAGCUCCACAAGCAAAGAAAGAAGCUGCUGCCGAUUCUGCAGCUGCCCCUGCGGUCGCUGCAGCUGCAGCCGCAGCCGCUCCUGCUGCAACCAUGCCUGCACCGACCUCCCUGCCUGUUGCGGCUCCCGUCACCACGGCAGUUAGAGACAUCGACCUUUUUGGAGAUGCCUUUGCACCUUCCCCAGGAGAUGGUCCUGCAGCUGUGGCCGCCGGUCCCGCUACUGAUGCGUUUGGUGAAUCCGACCCCUUUGCUACAACUGAGGGGAGUGCAGACAUUGCUCCAGAGCUGGACCUGUUUGCUAUGAGGCCCGCUGACACUGGGGCUACCGCCAUCACCCCUCCCACCUGUAGUGAGGCGCCGACCAUCGCUGCCCCCACCCCUUCUAUCACCACCACUGCCACCACGGACACCACCACCACCACCACAGAGUCCGCAGCUGCACCGACUCUAGAUUUAUUUGGUGAUGUGCUUGAAUCUAUGCCUGAGCAAAGUCCCACCACAGAAUCCAAAGCUGCUACCACUCCUAGCGUAGACCUUUUUGGUGCAGACCUCCCUGCUGUUUCGCGCGGGCCCUCACCUUUGCCUGAGCCUGCUCCGGCAGGAGACAUCGUGACCGAUCCUGCACCUCAUCCUCCACCUGCAGCUGCCGUUGCUGCUCCGGCUCCAGAGGCUUCUUCUCCACCCAAAGCCGAGUCAGCUCCAGUCAUUGAUCUGCUAGACUCCUUCAGUGGGUCUGUAGAGGAGACGCAGAGCUCCGCUCCUGGGGCGCCCGGAGGUGACCUGUUGGGAGAUCUAAUGUCCCCCACCCUGGCUCCAACUGCGGCCCCCACCCUGGCCCCAGUGCAGAAUGAUCUUCUUGAGUCGGGCUUUGAAGCUAUGGGAACACUUCCCUCUCCAACACCCCCCGUCCCUGCUGUACAGAUGGUAUCGUCCGCAGCAGCUGUACCUGAACCUGCAAGCACCACCCCGGCUCCCUCUGGUGGUUUUGAUGCUUCAAUGUUUGAUGGAUUAGGCGACUUGCUGAUGCCUGCCGUGACACCGCAGAGCACCGGGGGAAGCACAACAGGAAGUGCGGCCGGGAGCAUGGGAACUCCCGUGACAAUGGAGAACAUUACAGCUGUUCCACCUGCAACUCCUCCCCCGACCAAGACCAUCGGAGGGGACCUGGAUUCUUCACUGGCCAACCUGGUUGGAGACCUGGGUGUGAAGAGAAAGGAUCCACAAAGUGAGAAGAAGCUGACCGGAGGAGCCAACUGGACCCCCCAAGUGGCCCCUACAAGCUGGACUACACCAGGAGCCCCCAUGGCUGGUGUGGCUCCUGGAGGCCCUGGAGCAGCGCCACCAAGUGGAGCAAUGGUACCACCUAUGAGUGCACAGCCUGGCUUUGGCAUGCCGGCUACAGGUGGCCCAGGAGCUGCCAUGAUGCAGCCCAUGAUGGCACAGCCUAUGAUGGGGCAGCCUAUGAUGAGACCUCCUUUUGGCAUGGUCGGAGCUGCUCCUGGAGCGCCGAUUUCUCCUGGACCUGAAAGCCAGAGUCCCAAAAAGCCCAAGGAUCCUCUGGCAGACCUUGAUCUCAAGGACUUCUUAUAACCCAGAUGGGAGCGGAUGUUUUCUUCUCCAGAGCUGGAUGCUCUCAUCGUUUACCGGGCAUCUGUCAAGAUUUGAGGAUGCCAAUGGCGGUCCAUUCUCUCUCUUUUGUCAGCUACUCAGCAUUAUAAGAGCCCCCCCCCCCCCCCCCUGACCCAUCCACUUCCUGUUUCCCCGUCCUGUGUGAUGUUGUAGCACAAACAGUGAAAGUGAACCAUAGCAGUUAUAAACAGAAAAUGAAUAUAUAUGAGAAAAGAAUAACAAGUGCGUGCUCAUGUAGAUGUUCUAAUCUUUUGUCUCCCACUAAAUAAUACACAAAAGCUGAAAAAAAUGUAUGUGAGUGAAAGUGAAGGCGUAUGUGUUUGUUUAUUUAUUUCUUGUGUUGAAUGCUGGUUGUAUUUUGGUGUCCGAAGAUCCACCAACUCCGUCCCCGCCCUCCUUUUUAAAGGGGGUGUGAGCACUUCCUUGGCCCUACUCUAAUUGGAUGAGAGUAUUUAAUAACAUACCUGUAGUUUUUUGGAGAACUCUGUUGUGUGUUGUUUACGGAAAGGUUCUAUUUGAUGUACAUAGACUUCUCUGGUGUGAAUUUGAGGAUUACGUGUCUAAUCUGUACUGUAUGUCUGUUGAAGAGAAAUAGCAAUGUGAAUAUGACAUGAAAUUGUAAGAAGUCAAGUGUGUAUCCUGCCGUCAUCAUUUGGAAACAAAUAUUGUAUAUUAUAAGGGGAAAAAAUGUGGGCUUCGGAGAAACUCAUGUUGUUUGUGGCUUAUUUUUCUAAUUUAUGUCAUGUGUUCUAGUUUUUCAUGUUGUCCUACUACCGGAAGACAAACCUUAUCAAUGAGUAUAAAAUAAUAGCGUAACUUUGGGACAACUUUGAAAUAAUUGUUGUUGUAUUUUACAGCCCCAUGGGAAGUUUCUGAAUUAUAAAGUAUAUGUUAAAUAUAUGUCCUUUUGUUGUGUACGGCUUCAUCACCACCAGGGACUCUGAAUAGAUAGGACUGUCAAAUCAGCAUUCACACCCUGUAUUAGACUGAUUUUUCAUUUUUCCACAAUUUUUAUAUGUAUAUAUAUUCAUUCUGUUCAGUAAUUAUUCAUUCUCUUCCUCAAAGUGUAAACACAUAUUUAUUUUAUUUAAACACACACUUUAUUUUACACUGAUUCGAGCUAGUGAAUACAUUGUAUACUUGUUUUGCACCUAGCCCCAACCCACCUUUUUUGCUUACCAUCAUGGCAGACCUUCUUCUUUAUGGCAUACUAAGUUCUGUUUCGUUCAUUUUCGGUUGAGUUGUCAGUCUUAUCCAUUUAGAGUCUCCACAGAAAGCCACCCUUGCUGCAUCAAACUGGAAUUAGCGUAUACUGUCUGAAGCCCAGACUUGUACAAAUGAGGUACAGAUACAAGAAGUAUAUCAUGAUUGAGUUGUUACGACAAUUUAUUUUUGCUGUAAUUAAUUUUGUGUAUGAUGGCCUUCCCCCAGUGCAUGUCAGCCCUUUUGAAAUGCAAUAAAUUCAAUGACGGACGAAACAGGA